AUGAUAGCUUGGCCUAGCGCACUGCUUUUCCGGUCACACCAGGGAAUAAUUGCUCCUAGGCUUGAUAUUGCCAGAAACGAGAUGAAAACGACAACUGCCUCGGCGUGGGCGUGUCUUCUCCUGGGGGCGUGGUCAUUUCAGGCAUCGGGGUCUUACUACCGCGCUAGGGAAUACAAAAAAAAAUGUUUUGUAGAACCCAAUGGAGUUCCAGCCGCUGCCAAGUCCAAGCUCCUCUGUGCUGCGCAGUGUACCAUCAAACGCUGUUCUUACUUCAGUUUCUUGGGAGGAAACUGCACACUCUUCGACCAAGGGCUGGCAAGCGAGUCGGCCAAUCGUACGUAUCAGAAGUUAAAUGUCAUAGCCGCUGAUGUUGCCUUGAACAAAUUAACCCUAGCUUCUGGUUUUUACGAUGAUUUAAGUCCCGAUCGAGCUGUUGACGGAGACCUAGAGACGCAGUUUCAUUCCCUUGGGCAGUACACUCCAUGGUGGCGGGUGGACCUUGGUGAAAACUAUUGCAUUCAGACCAUCGAUGUACAACCCCACAAAGAAGUCCCACACUGGUUUCGUUCCGUCGAGAUCCGUGUCGGCGAGAGUCCAGCAGAGUGGGACUUUUCCGGCUACACUCUCAUAGCCUCCUUUGCCGGGCCUUACGAUGGUGUCGGAAGACUUCUUUUCACACCACCCGGCCCUAUGCAAGUCAGGUACAUCAGUAUCCAGAUGUUUGCUCCUGCGUUUCUGAAUUUACAGGACGUUAAAGUGAUGGUGUUGGUGAUGGAAGAUUAGGAGGAGAUGUGAGAAUAGGAAGAGGAU